AUGACAGUGGAGGUGGUAAACCUGGCUCCAUACAAAAUGGAGUUCCGCACCCUGGCCUGUGUGGACCUGUGUACGCAGGUGCCAGAAGUGGUGGCCCAGGUGACUGAUGGGCUCUGGCUUUUUGUCCUGGGCAUUGGCUUCUUCACCCUCUGCUUCCUGAUGACAUCUCUGGGAGGCCAGUUCUCAGCCCGGCACGUGGGGGACUCGCCCUUCACCAUCCGCACGGAAGUGCUGGGUGGCCUGGAGUCGCGUGGCGUGCUCCGUAAGAUGAGUGACCUGUUGGAGCUGAUGGUGAAGCGCAUGGAUGUGCUGGCCAGGCUGGAGAACAGCAGCGAGGUGCGCCGGCCUGCCGGGGACGGGCACUUCGCUGUGGACAGGGAGCCCAGGGAGAAGAGCAGUGGGCGUGUCCAGGGCACAGGGAGCCCACUGCUCACGCCUCCUGGGCACAGACACUCCGGCCUCCUCCCCACCCUUAACCCAGCUGCUGUGGCCCGGUGCAGCUACACAGGCGAGAAUCAUGUGGCCUCUGUGACCCACGUGUGGCUUCUCUGCUUCGGAAUGAUCUGUGGCUUUAAGAAGAAACUUCUGUCUGCACCCACCUCCUCUCUCCACCCCCACUGCACCCCUCCCCCCUGCAACCAGAAGGAGGUGUUGAAGUGGAUGCGGGCCCGCUGGACCUCAGACCCCUGCUAUGCCUUCUUCGGGGUGGAUGGCACCGAGUGCUCCUUCCUCGUCUACCUCAGUGAGGUCGAGUGGUUUUGCCCCCCACUGCCUUGGAGGAACCAAACGGCUGCUCAGACUGCCCCCAAGACCCUCCCCAAAGUCCAGGCAGUGUUCCGGAGCAACCUGACCCACCUCCUGGAGCUGGUGGGCAGCGGGAAGGAGUCGCUGAUCUUCAUGAAGAAGCGGACCAAGCGGCUGACUGCCCAGUGGGCCCUGGCCGCCCAGCGCCUGCAGCAGAAGCUGGGGGGCGCCCGGAGGGAGCAGAAGCAGAUCCUGGUCCACAUCGGCUUCCUGACCGAGGAGUCUGGGGAUGUGUUCAGCCCGCGGGUGCUGAAGGGCGGGCCCCUGGGGGAGAUGGUGCAGUGGGCGGACAUCCUGGCUGCGCUUUACGUCCUGGGCCAUGGGCUGCGCAUCACCGUCUCCUUGAAGGAGCUGCAGAGUAAUUUAGGGGUGCCGCCAGGCCGGGGGAACUGCCCGCUCACCGCGCCCCUGCCUUUUGACCUCAUCUACACUGACUACCAUGGCCUGCAGCAGAUGAAGCAGUACAUGGGCCCGUCCUUCAAGAAGUACCGGUGCAGAAUCCGAGUCAUUGACACCUUUGGGACAGAACCUGCGUACAACCACGAGGAGUAUGCCACGUUGCAUGGCUACCGCACCAACUGGGGCUACUGGAACCUGAACCCCAAGCAGUUCAUGACCAUGUUCCACUCCCAUCUCUUCCUCCUCUUCCAGGGAAAGGAGAAGUUCCUGAGCAUCCUGAACAAGUACAUGGAGAUCCACGGCACUGUGUACUAUGAGAGCCAACGGCCCCCCGAGGUCCCGGCCUUUGUGAAGAACCAUGGCCUCCUGCCCCAGCCCGAGUUCCAGCAGCUGCUGCGCAAGGCCAAGCUCUUCAUAGGGUUUGGCUUCCCCUACGAAGGCCCCGCCCCCCUGGAGGCCAUCGCCAAUGGCUGCAUCUUCCUGCAGUCCCGCUUCAGCCCGCCUCACAGCUCCCUCAACCACGAGUUCUUCCGAGGCAAGCCCACUUCCAGAGAGGUGUUCUCCCAGCAUCCCUACGCGGAGAACUUCAUUGGUAAGCCCCACGUGUGGACUGUCGACUACAACAACUCAGAGGAGUUUGAGGCAGCCAUCAAGGUCAUCAUGAGAACACAGGUAGACCCCUACCUGCCCUACGAGUACACCUGUGAGGGGAUGCUGGAGCGGAUCCAUGCCUACAUCCAGCAUCAGCUGCCCCCCUCGGCCAACGGUCAGUCCCUGAGCAGCAGCCGGGGAGGAAACUGGGUGGUUCCGACCCCAUCUCCACCCUGCCGGAUGCCGCACUGCCAGUCCACAGAGACUUGGAGCGCCGGGUUUAACCGGGAUGAGGCAGCUGCUCACCCGGGAGGGGAAGCUGCCGCGGACCCGCUGCAGGGCAGCCUGGCUCGGCCCCAGGACGAGCGGGACCCCGGCUCACAGGAGGCGCCGAAGGCCCAGGUUGAAUCCUUCCGCAAAGUAAUGGAGGAUGCCCGCCCUCAGCGGCAGCCAGGUUUUCAGCCUGGGGAGACCUGCACUCACCAAGAGCCCCAGGCGCCCCAGGACCACCCUGUAGAAGAGCGGCCAACCCCGGAGCAGCCGGCAAGAGUAACACAAGGGGCGCAGGGUGAGCAGUUUUUUAAUCCAGUGAAACAGAAAUGGAAAGGGAGGAAGAACAGCGAUGAUUUGGACUUUAUCCUGCAAAAGGUGGCUCGGGCUGUUGAGCUGGGGACCCACAAGCGCUACGGGGAAAACCGGGAAAACGGGCCACGCCUGGUUCUGAUUUCUGCCCCUGCAUGUGACCUGAGACGGUUCUACGGACCCCGGGAUCUCGGAGACCGCAAGCCCCACCGCGGGGCCCGGGGCUUCAGAGACCCACCACGCACAGUUCCCACAGCAGAUUGCAACCUCUGGAGUUUGCGCGGAGAGCAUCGAUUCCUCUCGGGUGGUUCCUACGGAGCUCCAGCUACUCGCGAGCCCCGCCCCUCGCCCCCGGCACGCAGGAAGUGGGAGGAGCCAGGGCCGACACCUUCCCCGGACUCCUCCUCCAGCCCCGGCAGGAGCUAG